UGCUGUCUGCUCCGCGAGCGAAGAGAUCCGUCAGAGAAAGAGACGAUGGCGAGAGGCAGCCGGAGCCUGAGAAAAGUAGCUGAGUGUAUAAAACAGUUUCCGUCGACAGCCACCCGGGAAAUACAGACCAGGAACAGAGUCAGAUACCUGUCAUCAUGUGGGAUCCUGAUGGCUCGUGUACCUCCCCCGCUGGUUGCAGCCAUGCCCGGGCGGAGCAUCGCGUUACCCGCUCGUAGCUUCUUCAACCUGGCCGAUUCCUUCUCCAAGAGGAAGGAGUACUCUGAGAGACGCAUCAUUGGGUUUUCCAUGCAGGAGAUGUACGAGGUGGUGGCCGGAGUGGAAAACUACCGCCUCUUUGUUCCCUGGUGUAAGAAGUCUGAAGUGGUGUUCAAGCGAGCUGGAUUCUGCAAGGCCAAACUAUCUGUGGGCUUUCCACCUGUGAUGGAGAGCUACACCUCUCUUAUCACUUCAGUGCGCCCCCACCUGGUCAAGGCGUCCUGUUCAGAUGGUAAACUGUUCAACCACCUGGAGACGGUUUGGCGUUUCAGCCCUGGCCUCCCGGGAUAUCCUCGCACCUGCACUGUGGAUUUUUCUAUCUCCUUCGAGUUUCGCUCCCUCCUCCACUCCCAGCUCGCCCACAUGUUCUUCGACGAGGUGGUGAAGCAGAUGGUUACAGCGUUUGAGCGUCGCACCUCCAAGAUAUACGGCACCGAGACGGCCAUCCCUCGUGAGCUCAUGUUCCACGAGGUUCACCACACGUAGCGCCGCACACACACCAACACACAAACACCAUGACAACGUCAGAGGAAAAACGAGGAGUGUGGAGAGGAAGAAGAGACUACCUGUGUUCUAACUGUAAACUGCCGUGCCUUUCUCACUGCAACGACCAAGUUGAUCCCAACAGUUUCCUAUCUCAUUGUUAGAACUGAUCUGGAUCCAGCAGCUCAUUUCAUCUUGGUGCUAACAACACAUGGACAUGUUUCCUUUUCAGUUCAUUUCCACCAUCAGAACUUAGAAAUCUGUGCCUGGUUGUGCAACUUGAGUUUACAGGUUAAUAUGAAUGUGUUUCCAGGGCCUAGCUGUGCUGUUGGUCAUAACUGGGUCAAGUGAGUAUGUCAUCACAUCUGUAAACAUCAGCGACACUCAGCAGUUAACUGCACUGCUUUAACCACCAUCUAGUGACCAAUGUAAUGAACUUUAAUUUAAAAAGCUGCUUUGGGAGACAUUUUCUAAGUGCAUGUCUUCUAUAAACAGGUGUCAGGAUGUGUAGUCGGUGAUACUGCAGAUGUCGGGAACAAAACAAAUCAGAUGGGGCCGUUUGAAGUUGUAGGAGAGAAGGAAGCGUAUUACAGAUGUGUGCAGAGGCUCAGGUGAAGCUACUGGAUGUUGCAAUGUGAUUAAGACUAAACACUGAUGGUGCAGCCCCGCUAUACGCAACCAGAAAUUCCCUCCCGUUCAUUGUGUACAAGAAGCGACUGAUUCAAAACCAAGCUGGCGGCGUGACGGUUUUAAAUAUUCAAAUAAUGCUCACAUCGAGACACAAGCGACGAGUUUCUGAACAGCUCUGUGUAGAACUGCUGAAUCGAGACUCAGGGUUCCCACGGUCAUAGAAAACCUGGAAAAGUCCAGGCCUGGAAAAGUCAUGGAAUUAUUUUGUUGCACGGAUUGAAAUUGUUAGAAUAAUCUUCCAUGGAUUACCCUCUGCGUAAUGUAACGUAACAGCAAGUUUAUUUUCUGGAGAUGACGAUGUAACGUGGCUCUAACAUGCAUCGAUGUGUGACAGCGUUUUGUUUAUCAUUACGUAUGUUUCUCCCCACGUUCCAUCUCUCCCGUCACGUCUGCCCGUUAGCUGAAAUUAUGUUUGAAUCUGAUAUGUUUAAAGAACGCCAGGCAAGUGGGGCAAGACAAACAAAAUUAUGGGUCCUUGAAAAGUCAUGGAGAAGUUUUUAAAUUUUCACCAUGAAAAUAUGAGAACCCUGGAGACUAAUGAUAAUCAGCGAAUGUCGACAAUAUUGUUCAUGUGAAUCAGCCAUUUACGUUGAAUUUGUAAAGUAUGACAGAAAACGGUUUUGCACUGUUGCUUAGUGAGUAAAGAAGGAGGCGGGGCAUUGUAGGAUUGACAAAAGUGACCAGCGUGGCAGGGCGGACAUGAGUUAAUGUGAAUUGGCAGCGUAUAGUGUUCAUGCACUGUAACUCGUCAGUGUGUAAGAUGUGAAAGGUUCCUUUAACUCAAGCUCCAUGCCAGAGUGCGUGCAAAAAAACAUACUGUGCAGAUUUUAGGGAACUAGCAAACAGUUUAGAUUUCAGUAGUCAAGCUACAGGAGCUUCACGAGUCAGACAGUUAACGGUUCGUCUUGGGUCAACGUGAACAGGUCCAAGUGUAAUCUCAAUGAUCCUGUACCUGGGUUUGCUCGACACACAGGGCAACACAACACACUUCCUCUGACAGCUGACCCACAUCUGACGUGAGUCAGGAGCUCAGUGGAGAACGGUUACUCACCAUUCAGUGAGAGCUUGACUCAGGUGUGAUGACCGAGGAAGUGAAGUACACAUUGUUACACUCCUUUCUCUACAGCGUUACAGCUGUGUUGAGUGUUGGGAAGAGUUUAGCUGCAAGUAACAGUCGCAAAUGUUAACGAAAAAGACUACAGGGUGUUGAAUUUGCUUCUUGUGUCUGAGUAUUAAUCAAUGUAUUUGUCACGAGAAAUCAUCUUGGGUACAAUUCCAGUGAGAUGUAACAGUCUAAAACAUGAAGAUAAUCAAUUUAUCGUCACAUGUGACAAAGGAAAGCAGCAAAUUAUCAUCUUUUACAAGCUGGAACCAGAGAAUAUUUGGCACUUUUGCUUGGAAAAUGAAAAAUAGUUGCCAACUAAUCGACUACUAGUUGCAGCUGUAGACGAGUUGAACCUUGGAUCGUUCAAACGCUGGUUAAAGCAGUGCAGGAAGCCAAUGAGAACAGCUCACAGUGGAAAUGAACACAGUUUCUGAAGGGUUAAAGAUGUAGAACGGUUACAGCUCACAGUCCGCACAGACCUCACGGAUCAUGUUACAGAGGUCGCAUCAAGUGCAGCGAUGCUUCUGUUGGGCACAGGUGACGUGAUACGAGCAGCAGCACCAGCUAUUAAAACCUUUUCUGUGACGACUUGAGCGUGAAGGGCACAAAAGAAAUUAAUGUUUAAACUCAAAGUAAACUCUGAUGGGUGUGAGGCUGAUGAACGGUGACAUAUUAAACUUCCACCUCCACUGUGUCGCCACAUGUAACUGUAUAUAAUGAGAAUAUAUUAUAAGAUUAUAUUAAGAGAGUAAAGUGCAGAGGCAGGUUAGACGCUGUGUCAGUGAGGAGUGUGUACAGAUGACUGCAGAUAGAUGUACUACAUGUACUGUAAACUGUCAGGAAUACACUCGCCUUUCAAAGGGUGCUCAACUUUCAUUUUGUAUGGAAGACAAGAGCGGACAUGCUUGCAGUUAUUUUUUAAAUCAUAAACGAAAUAAAUGAAUUUGCCUUUAGUUAUCUCAAGAUCACAAGAUUUGUUGUCUUGAGAUAAUAAAGCUUGUUUUCUUGUGAUAAUAAUUCUUAUAUUAUUAAUUGAUCAGUAGAAUUUAGAUAUAAUUUAACAUAUGACAGAAGUCAGGCUUUUCAAGAUAACGAGAUAAUAUACUGUAUUAUAUAUUUCUGAGAUGACGGGAUAAUUAUACUGCAGUCACGUGAACAGUCGGUUACGUCCCGAAACUCGCUUUGUCGUAAAAUAUCAUGAGAAAUCCGCCUUUUGUUUUCUUAAGAAUUGAUUUAAAUUCACGUUAUCACGAGAAAACGAGCUGUGUCAUCCUGAGAUGAUGACUCGGGGUGUUUCUGUGCACCAGUAUUGACAAUAACCGUAAUAUUUAAAAAAGAAAUAUGUAUAUUGUGUUAAUAACACAAUAAAUAAUCCUCUUAAAUUAUUUCCCUUUAUUUCCGUUAUCGCUUCGUCUAACUCGCCACCUCCUGACAUUUGUAUUUAAA